AUGGUAACAGGUGUCGAACUAAAAUCAGAACUAGUUCAAACAGUGGGUAAUGAUGGUAAUUUUAGUAGUGCAGACCCAAUUUUUUCGAAAGAAAAGUCUCCAUCAGACAUUCGAGCAUUCAAAAAUGUACUCGUGAUCUGCUUUGCAUUCUUAUUGCAAUUUACUGCAUUUAGUGCUAUUGCAAAUCUUCAAAGUUCACUCAACACCGACGCCAAUGUUGGUGUUAAUUCAUUAUCGAUUAUUUAUGCAUGUCUUCUGCUCUCAGCUACAUUUUUACCACAUCCAUCAAUCGCCACAUUUGGUCUUAAAUGGACUAUAGUAAUAUCUCAAAUACCAUAUCUUCUAUAUAUGGUCGCAAAUUAUUAUCCCAAAGCUUAUUUCAUGUAUCCAACUGCUGCACUUGUUGGAUUAGCGGCAGCACCUUUAUGGACAUCGAAAUGUAUUUAUCUGACAGAAAUGGGUUCAAUCUAUGCGUUCGAGAAAAAACUCGAUAAGAAUAUAAUCAUCAAUCGAUAUUUUGGCAUUUUCUUCAUGUUCUUUCAAUCAGGUCAAAUUUGGGGUAAUCUUAUAUCAUACUUGGUAUUGAUGCCAGAAGAGAGAAUCUAUGCUAUCAAUGGAACCGAAAAUAACAGAUCAUUAGUGUUCGAAAGUUAUGCGAAAUGUGGAGCGGAUUUUAUUGAAGAAGAAUAUCAAGCUGUCGAGGAUACAAAUCGUAUUGAUCGAAAAACGAUUGAUAUUCUUUGCAUUAUAUAUAUUUGUAUAUGUGUCUGCUCAAUUUUGAUAGUAGCUGUUUUUCUCGAUCAACGACGCACUUCAUCUCGUGAUCGAAUGUCAGUUAUGUUUUGUAAUUCUAUGAAAUUACUCGUGUCAACAGUUAAACAUUUGCGUCAUAUCAAUCAACUUCUUCUGAUUCCAAUUACUGUGUGGUCGGGUCUUGAACAAUCCUUUCUUUGGACACAGUUUAGCAAGGGUUUUAUCUCGUGUGUGCUCAAUGCCAAAUAUGUCGGUCUCAUUUUGAUGGUCUAUGGAAUAUGUGAUUCUAUUGGGAGUUUUGCUUUUGGUCAGCUUGUGAAAUUAGUCGGACGUUGGCCUUGCUUUGCUUUUGCUGCGAUUAUUAACUAUGCUCUAAUAAUUACGAUGCUUGUUUGGCAUCCUUCGCAAGACCAAAUCGCAGUUCUCUUUGUUUUGGCCGCUCUUUGGGGUGUGACCGAUGCGAUUUGGCAAACACAGAUCAACGCUUUCUAUGGAGUUAUUUUUACGGAAAAUCGUGAAGCUGCAUUUUCAAAUUAUCGUCUCUGGGAGUCGACUGGAUUCGCUUUCUUCUAUAUCAUUACGCCUUACAUUCGUGUUCGUCUAGUACUCAUUAUUCUCGCUAUAUUUCUUUCAUUCGGCAUCGUUGGUUAUACAAUGACUGAGUAUCGAUCGCGAACAUUGGAAGAAACGAAGGAUAAGGCGAAAAAGAAAAAUACAGUAUCACCAUCAUAG